GCCCUCGUACGUUAUAUCGGAUCGUCAGGUAGGUCUGCAGUAGCCGAAGCAAUUUAUCUUUGCGAGAACAAAAUCAACAACAAAAAUUUCAAAAUAAAACUCGAUGAUGGGAGAAAGAACGAACGAAGCUUACAUAGCAACAACGAAAUCAGCAGAAGCCUCCCCCGUCGUUCCAGAGUCAUGCACCAAACUCGUCUUCUCCGUCGAAGAAUCAGUCGGUGCACUCGCUAAGGCGUUGAGGGCGUUUGAGAAAUUCAACGUCAACUUGUUGCACAUUGAAUCGAGACCAUCGAAGCAGAGUUUGAACAAGUACGACUUCUUCAUCGACUGCGACAACUCACAAGGGGGUCUGGACGAUGCCCUGAAAGAAUUGAAAACCAUCACUUCUGAUGUUGAUGUCCUGGCCAGAGUGGUCAAGCAGCCUGAUGUUGUGCCCUGGUUCCCACACAAGAUACAAGACCUGGAUGUCUUCGCCAAUCAAAUCCUUUCUUACGGAUCUGAACUGGAUGCAGACCACCCUGGCUUCAAGGAUCCAGUGUACAGAGCACGAAGGAAAGAGUUUGCAGACAUCGCAUACAACUAUCGACAUGGUCAGCCGAUUCCGAGAGUAGAAUACACGAAAGAAGAAAUAGAGACAUGGGGCACAAUAUAUAAGGAGCUGACGAAACUCUACCCCACACACGCCUGCCAGGAGUUCAACCACAUAUUCCCUCUCCUCAUCGACAACUGUGGGUUCAGGGAGGACAAUAUACCCCAACUCGAAGAUGUCUCAAACUUCCUCAAAGAUUGUACGGGAUUUACAUUGCGACCAGUUGCAGGUCUCCUGUCGUCCAGAGAUUUCUUGGCAGGUCUGGCCUUCAGGGUCUUCCAUUCAACGCAGUACAUCAGACAUCCAUCUGUCCCCAUGUACACACCUGAGCCAGACGUUUGUCACGAGUUGUUUGGUCACGUGCCCCUCUUUGCUGAUGAAGGAUUUGCUCAGUUCUCGCAAGAGAUUGGACUCGCCAGUUUGGGAGCACCUGAUGAGUACAUCGCACAGCUGGCUACGUGUUAUUGGUUCACUGUCGAAUUUGGACUGUGCAGACAGAAUGGCCAUUUGAAAGCUUACGGAGCUGGUCUGCUCUCCUCAUUUGGAGAGUUGGAAUACUGCUUGUCUGGCAAACCUGAAAUAAAAGCAUUCGAUCCUGACCAAACAGGUGUCCAAGAAUACCCCAUCACUAAGUUCCAGCCUGUCUAUUUUACUACUGAAAGUUUUGCUGAAGCUAAAGCCAAGCUGAAAGCCUUCGCUAAGAAGAUCCCAAGGAAGUACACGGUGCGAUACAACGCAUACACCUCAUCCAUUGAGGCUCUGGACAACAGCAGGCAAAUCGGAAACUUUGCGGCUAAAAUUAAAACUGACGUUGAGACGCUGGAAGAAGCGCUGAAGAAAAUAAGUCACAGGUAAGCGAUGGAGUGGAGUGAUUAACAAAAGAACAAAAGAUGAAAGAGAAGAAACGACUCUAAACACAUGUUCGAAACAAAAGCUAAUGACAUUAAUUUUUAUUUAAUUAACAAAUGUUGAUGUUGGCAUGUACAAGUUAUUCUAAUCUUUGAAGUUAAUUUUAUUAAAAUAAGUUAACUUUCGUUUCAGUAACGUUUCUUCAUCAUCGUGACUAUUUCAUUCAAUCAAUUUUAUGAUGUUUCUUAUUUCAUUUAUCAAUACGGUAGAAGUUAAUCCUUUAAAUAUAGCCGUUAAAUUAUUUUAAAGUUGUAAUAAGCAUCGAGAUUUGUUAACUUAAUCGGAUGGAAUGGAAAAAUCAAAACGACCUAAUGCUAUCUGGUGACAGCAACGACAAAAACAAAGUGAUAGAAAAAAAAAUGAAACGCAAGCAGUCAGGCAGGAACCUAGCUAGGUAGGAGUGCGGUCAACCUCUUCCACAUCAAUGAUAUCUGCUGAUGUGCACCACCAUCGAUCGCUGCUGGCAGAAACCUUUGCUGCAGAACUUGCAAACGUACGGUUUCCUUUCAUAAUGAGUGUACCUGGAAGUGCAUUUACGUCCAAGUGAUGCAAAACAAUGUAGUAAACAAUAAAUCGAAUUUUUCCGUCUGCCCGGUUAUCUUAUUAUUUGAUUCAUUUUAAACAUAAUUUAAGCGAAUUAAUUAUUUA